AUCUAUUUCACAAUCAUCUACAGGUGUCUCUUAGGAUCAGAGGAUCGCAUUUCUGCGCUGCAGCCAUCUUGACAGACCACUGGCUUUUGACUGCUGCUCACUGCUUUGCAAGUGUAUCCGCGGAAUUCCUUCACAAUAUUGAGACUGUAGCAGGUGAAUUCAACCAAAGAAAAGUUGACAGAGGGGAGCAGAACUUCCACAUAAAGACUGCAAUGUUCCAUGAAAAAUAUCAACGCACCUCUCCCAUGAGCUACGACAUCGCCUUGCUUGAGAUCAAUGGACGCAUUCACUUUGGCAAGUUGUUUUAUGAGACUAACUUAUGCAAUAUAUCCGCUAUAGAAUCAGAGAUGAACAUAUGUGUGUUUUCUUGACAGAUGAUUUCAUUAAACCUGUUUGUCUGCCUCAUUCUGGUGAGAGGUUUCCACCCAAGACCAUGUGUGUUGUUGGUGGAUGGGGUCGUAUUACUGAGAGAGGGCCACUUCCAUUGGUUCUUCAAGAGGUGCAUCUGGACCUGUUAAAGCAAAGCAAGUGCAAACAUGUCCUGCAAACUCUUAGACCUGAGCAGAAGACCUUCACAGUCCUGUGUGCUGGCCCAGAGAGAGGUCGGAGAGAUGCCUGUCAAGGGGAUUCUGGGGGUCCUCUCCUCUGCCCUAGAGAAGAUGGAAGCUGGGUGGCUGUGGGGGUCACGUCAUGGGGUAAGGGCUGUGGUCGAAGCUGGAAUGACAACAAUUUCAAACCAUCAUCCAAAAGAGGCUCACCUGGAAUAUUCACUGAUGUCUUAAUGUUUCUGUCAUGGAUCAAGUCAAAUCUUAGGAAAGAACUCAGUGUAGGUGUGGAAAGGUCCCUGUGCAGUGUACCAGACGGAGUUGUACCUGGAAAUGAAGGCAUUAUCAGAAAUCCAGCUCAUUCAGGGCAAAGCUACAACCACAAUGAAAUGUGUUUGUGGUCCAUUCGAGUUGCCAUUGGUGAACGUAUUCUUCUGGAGUUCUUGGAGUUUGACUUGGAGAAUGACACACAGUGCCAAAGUGAUCAUCUGACUGUGAAUGUAAAUGAAGACAGGCGAAUAGGGCGGUUCUGUGGCGGUCAACCACCCUCUCCAAUUCUUAUUGGUGGUUCCCAUAGUGUCACAGUACAGUUUGUAUCAGAUGUAAGCAGCACAGGUGCAGGAUUUGCCAUCCAGAUCAGUGGUGUUGGCGAGGAUUUCAGUUUUGGAGCUGAAUGUGGAACAGUGGUGCUGUUAGAGCCCAAGGGGGCUGUGCGGAGCCCCGCCUACCCAAAUGCCUACAGGAACAACAGCCUUUGCCACUGGGUCAUCUAUGCCCCAGAAGGCCACAUAGUCAAGCUUGACUUUGAUGACUUUGACCUUGAGGAGUCAGAAAACUGCCAAUAUGAUUCACUCACAGUGUUCGGAGACAUUGAUGGCAUGGAUGAAAUAGUGGUUGUAUGUGGCAGGAGCGUUCCUCCGGCUGUUCUCAGCUACGGUUCCAUAAUGCUUCUGCAGUUCAGCACAGAUAACACCAUCUCCGCCCGUGGCUUCAUCGCCACCCUUUCUUUUAUCAACGAAAAAGAUCUCCAAAAGACAGCAUAUCAAGAUCAGGGGGAGGAAGCCGAUUAUGACAGCAGAGUUAUCUCGCCACAUUUGCAGGCUGCUCCGUGUGGAAUGACUGAUAUCUUUGCUGGCUCUGGAAUGGACGCCCUGAGGAGAGAAGAGGAUGAUGGGAAACUGCCAUGGCUGUGGCACGUGAGCAUUGGUCUGGGUGCAGGCCACGACUGCAGCGGGGCGAUCAUCCAGUCACAAUGGAUCCUUACUGAUGCACACUGUGUCUAUGACCUGGAAGAAAGACUUCUAAGAAUUGUAUCAGUGACGACAGAAGGCUCAAAGAAACAGACCCGUGAUGUGAUCAGAGUACACGUAAACCCUUAUUACAACCCAUCCUCUCUCGAAUUUAAUGUGGCUUUGCUUCAGUUGAGCUCUCCGAUAAAUCUCAGUGAAAGCACGCAGCCUGUCUGUCUACCCUCUGCUGGACAGGACAUCUCACCCUCCCUCCGCUGCUGGACCAGCCAAAUGUCAGGACAUGGGCAGCACAGACCUGUAUGGCUAAAAAUAUCUGUGCUGGAACGAGCGGUGUGUGAACAACAACACGGAACUAGAUUGACACCUACUUUGUUAUGUGCUGGACUGAGCACUGGAGAAUCAUGCAUGACUCAUUGGAACGGUGGACCUCUCGUCUGUCAGACAAACACAUCUGGGGUUGUUCUGAUGGGAGUGAAGAGUUGGGGAGGACCUUGUGGUGGGAUCCAGAAGCCUGCAGUAUAUUCUUCAGUACCAGCUGUCAUGAACUGGAUCUCAAAGCAUUUGGACACUGAGUGAAAAUCCUGAAUUAGCAGAAUUCAAUAUAUUUUUGUGAAUUAUUUUGUUCUGAAGUCAAAAUGCUCUGUGGUGCAAAAGUCCCUCAGUGGUGAAAAUCAAGUUUUUAAUGUUGUUUAUAUGUCUAUGUUGUGUUUUAAUG